AUGAAGUGCUUACAUGGCGAACCCGCUGCUCAUUCGACAACUCAGAACGGUUCAUUUUGGUUUUGUGGUCAAAACCCUACCUGCAAUUUCUUCUGUGCAGAAGAUGAAGACUAUUUGUAUGAAAAAGCUAUAACUGCAUUGAGAGCUACGAAUCAGCCUCAUCCUCGGUGCGAUGAACAUCAUAAGCUUGCGAAAAUGUGUGUGGUAAAAGAUUUGAUGAAAGUGAAUUAUGGAAGACCGUUCUUCGUGUGUGGAGAAAAGACGAAGCCUUGUUCCUUUUGGAUGUGGGGUGAUGUGCAGCCAUAA